UUUCAGCGGGCCUCCCUCCUCGGAGCCCUGGUCCAUCCAUCACACCCCCCGUCGUCAGCCAGCGACUCGCACCCACCAAAGGCGCCGAGAUUGGGCGAAUAGCGAGCAAAUACGUCCGCGUUUCUCUACCCGCCCCCCCGCCGACCUCCCCUCCUCAUUCCCCGGCGCUGACAGCGGACAAGGCCGAGGUCGCGACAGAGCAGGCCCGGCCGCCGAGGCUCGACCUGUCUACCCCACCUUCGCAUCCUACCACACCUCACCAGCAGUCCAGAACCCGGUUCUCAACCGAGCCGACCCUGGACAAGGUCGAGGGUAACAGAGAUAGCAGGGAGUCCCGCAUCACAACCACAACAACAACAGUUGCCAACAUGAACCACCACCAUCACCACACGCAGCAGCAGCAGCAACAGAAAGCCGGCGAGCAGCAGCUCAGCGAACCGGAGGACAUGGAAAUGGAAGCCGGGGACACAGACGACCCUCCAAGAAUCCCGGCCAACCCAGUGAUCAAUGGUAACGUGGCCAUGGCAGAUGGACACAACAACACAGAAGAGGACAUGGAGGAUGACACCAGUUGGCGGUCAGAGGCGACUUUCCGCUUUGUCGUAGAGCGCUUCAGCCGCCUGAGUGAGUCGGUGCUCAGCCCGUCCUGCUUUGUCCGAAACCUUCCAUGGAAGAUAAUGGUGAUGCCGCGCUUCUAUCCCGACCGGCCACACCAGAAGAGCGUGGGCUUUUUCCUGCAGUGUAACGCAGAAUCUGACUCCACGUCCUGGUCAUGCCACGCGCAGGCAAUGCUGAAGAUCAUCAACUACAAAGAUGACGAGAAGUCCUUCAGCCGCAGGAUCAGUCACCUGUUCUUCCACAAAGAGAAUGAUUGGGGCUUCUCCAACUUCAUGUCCUGGAGUGAUGUUACUGAUCCAGAGAGGGGCUUUGUUGAUGAUGACAAAGUCACCUUUGAAGUCUAUGUCCAGGCAGAUGCCCCACAUGGAGUGGCCUGGGACUCCAAGAAACACACAGGCUAUGUAGGAUUGAAGAACCAGGGAGCAACUUGCUAUAUGAAUAGCCUCUUACAGACGCUCUUCUUCACCAACCAGCUAAGACGGGCGGUGUACAUGAUGCCCACAGAGGGAGAUGACUCGUCCAAGAGCGUUCCACUGGCUCUGCAGAGGGUUUUCUACGAGCUGCAACACAGCGACAAACCCGUCGGCACCAAGAAACUCACCAAGUCCUUCGGAUGGGAAACACUAGAUAGCUUCAUGCAACAUGAUGUACAGGAGCUGUGUAGAGUGCUCCUGGACAAUGUGGAGAACAAAAUGAAAGGCACUUGUGUUGAGGGAACCAUCCCUAAGCUCUUCAGAGGAAAGAUGGUGUCAUAUAUCCAGUGCAAGCAUGUGGACUACCGGUCAGAGCGGAUAGAGGAUUACUAUGACAUCCAGCUUAGCAUAAAAGGAAAGAAGAACAUCUUCGAGUCAUUCAAAGAUUACGUUGCAACUGAACAGUUAGAUGGAGACAACAAAUACGACGCAGGAGAGCAUGGCCUGCAGGAAGCAGAAAAGGGCGUGAAGUUCCUCACCUUCCCUCCAAUCCUUCAUCUGCAGCUGAUGAGGUUCAUGUAUGACCCACAGACCGACCAAAACAUCAAGAUUAAUGACAGGUUUGAGUUUCCAGAUCAGUUACCCCUGGAUGAGUUCCUUCAGAAGCCAGACUCCAAGGACCCAGCCAACUACAUCCUGCAUGCAGUGCUAGUGCACAGCGGGGACAACCAUGGCGGUCACUACGUCGUCUAUCUUAACCCAAAAGGAGACGGCAAAGUGAGUGUCAAGGAACCAAUAUGGUGUAAGUUUGAUGAUGACGUUGUGUCGCGAUGCACCAAGGAGGAGGCCAUAGAGCACAACUAUGGUGGACAUGACGAUGACCUCUCAGUGCGCCACUGCACCAACGCAUACAUGUUGGUCUACAUUCGUGAGUCCAAGCUCAGUGAGGUGCUCCAGCCGAUGACUGACGUGGACAUUCCGCAGCAGCUGGUGGAGCGUCUGCAAGAGGAGAAAAGGGUGGAGGCACAGAAGAGGAAGGAGCGCCAAGAGGCUCACCUCUACAUGCAGGUUCAGAUGGUGACAGAGGACCAGUUCUGUGGUCACCAGGGCAACGACAUGUAUGAUGAGGAGAAGGUGAAGUACACAGUCUUCAAGGUCCUGAAGAGCUCUACGCUGCAAGAGUUUGUCCAGAACCUCUCCCAGACCAUGGGUUUCCCACAGGACCAGAUGAGGCUGUGGCCCAUGCAGGCCCGGAGCAAUGGAACCAAGCGACCCGCCAUGCUCGACUACGAGGCCGACUGCAACAAGUCGAUGAUCGACUUGAGCGACAAUGAGAACCCCUGGACAAUAUUUCUGGAGACCGUGGAUCCAGAGAUGGCGGCCAGCGGGGCCACGUUACCUAAGUUUGACAAAGACCACGAUGUCAUGUUGUUCUUGAAGAUGUAUGACCCCAAAACCAGAAGCUUAAAUUAUUGUGGACAUAUCUACACACCUAUUUCCUGCAAAAUAAGAGACCUUCUGCCAGUCAUGUGUGAGAGAGCAGGGUUUCAGCAGGAAACUAGCCUUAUCCUCUAUGAGGAAGUAAAGCCCAAUCUAACAGAGCGGAUACAGGACUAUGAUGUCUCUCUGGACAAGGCCCUGGAUGAGCUUAUGGACGGGGACAUCAUUGUCUUCCAGAAGGAUGACCCAGAGAACGACAGCAGUGAGCUGCCUACGGCCAAGGACUAUUUCCGGGAUCUCUACCACCGCGUGGACGUCAUUUUCUGUGACAAGACCAUCCACAAUGACCCCGGCUUCGUGGUCACUCUCUCUAACCGCAUGAACUAUUUUCAGGUGGCCAAGACAGUAGCGCAGAGGUUGAACACAGAUCCCAUGCUGCUGCAGUUCUUCAAGUCACAGGGGUACAGGGACGGUCCAGGGAAUCCUCUCAGACACAACUAUGAGGGAACGCUGCGGGACCUGCUGCAAUUCUUCAAACCUCGGCAGCCCAAGAAACUGUACUACCAGCAGUUAAAGAUGAAGAUAACAGACUUUGAGAACAGGAGGAGUUUUAAAUCCAUAUGGCUCAACAGCCAGUUCAGAGAGGAGGAGAUCACCCUCUACCCUGACAAGCACGGCUGUGUGCGGGACCUUUUGGAAGAAUGUAAAAAGGCAGUGGAGCUCUCUGAAAAAGGCUCUGAGAAGCUCAGGCUGUUAGAGAUAGUAAGCUAUAAAAUCAUCGGGGUUCACCAGGAGGACGAACUGCUAGAAUGUUUAUCUCCGGCUGCCAGUCGCACCUUCAGAAUAGAGGAGAUUCCUUUGGACCAGGUGGACUUGGACAAGGACAGUGAAAUGCUAAUCCCUGUUGCUCACUUCCACAAGGAAGUCUUCGGCACCUUUGGGAUCCCCUUCUUGCUCAAGAUCAGACAGGGCGAGUCAUUUCGGGAGGUGAUGAGGAGGAUCCAGACCAUGCUGGACAUUCAGGAGAAGGAAUUUGAGAAGUUCAAGUUUGCAAUUGUGAUGAUGGGGAGGCAUCAGUACAUAACCGAAGACGAGUAUGAGGUCAACCUGAAGGACUUUGAACCACAGCCAGGUAACAUGUCCCACCCGCGCCCCUGGCUAGGGUUGGAUCAUUUCAACAAAGCUCCAAAGAGAGGUCGCUACACCUACCUGGAGAAAGCAAUCAAGAUCCACAACUAAAGCAGCCCGCCCUUCCUCUUUGUCCUCCUCAGCCUCCUCCUCCUGCUCCGCCUUCCUCCCUACCUACUUUAACACACCAUAACCACAGACUGUAACCAACCGUGUGUGUGUGUGUGUUUGUGUGUGCGAGACUGUGUGAGAGUGCGUGCUCGUGUGUGUGUGUGUGUUCAUCACUUUUAACACCCCGCCUGGACACCUCUACAGCUCUACACCGGCACUAUGUCUAAAGCGUUAUGGAUCUUGCUGCAGCUGACGGAUUAUCCUUCAACCGCAAAAUAAACUGCACCAACCACCUUCUGACUGUUGAUUUUGUUGUUUAUUUUAUUUUACUUUUUUUUUUUAUCGUCUCCCUCUACGUCUGAGGCUUGUUCGGUUGUUUUAUUUCUUUUUUUUCUGGCUUCUCUACCUGUUGACUGCCUGUUUUUUGUUGCCUAUCUGGAAGUGGGAGAAAUUAAAUUGGAUUUUAAUAUAAAAUAAGCGGAGAGGGGAGAGGAAGUGGGACACAGUAUAAAUAUAAGUGUGUGUGUGUAUAUAUACACACUAUAUAUAAUUUAUAUAUAUAAUUUAUAUAUAUAAUUUAUAUAUAAAAUCUUCUAGGCUUAGUUUUUUUUUCCCUUCAGAUAUUUUUGGGGGUUGUUUUUAAAGAGUUGUUUGCUGCUGUGUGGAGAGUUUGAUGGAAGGAUGUUUGCGAGGACUAACUGACAGAAAAAGAGGGAGAGGCUGUGAACUUUCGUCCACCCUGACGCUCACUAGUUGCCCUGAUGUGUUUCUUUAUAUUUUCUGCUCCCAUCCUUUUAGUGCAACAAAACAAGUAUUUCCAAGUUUACACACGAUUCUUUUUCACUUAGUGUGGUUGGAGGAAAAAUGGAUAAAUUUUUUUUUGUCUCUUUCUGCAGAUCUUGUAUAAUAAAAAUCCACAGCAUCUGUUAAAAAAUAAAUGGGGGAAAAAAAUAAGGAGGAUAUUUGUCUGUAUUUCAUCUUGCACGUUGGCACUUAAUGGCAGAGUUUCUCAGGACUGGCAAAUGUACAUUUUGGUUGCGGUUUUGAGUUGCUCAGUGACUUUGAAGGAACACACACAUGCACGGACAUUACCCCCUCUUGACUUUAUCUUCCAUUUUUGUUUUGUUUCAGGGGGGUUUAAUGUCUUUCUCUGUCAUUCCUCCUCUGAAUGCAAACACACACAAGCUUGGUCAUUCUCUCUUGAUUGAUACUGUCACCUCCAGGUGGUUGGGAGCAGUAACUGCGCUGUGCUUGGUAGGGAGCUGCAGACACUUCGAGCCCACAGGUUUGAGGAUUUUGUAGAGACAAAACCAGCAUUGUAAGAAACACUUUAAGCCCUAUGAAUUUAUUUGUCUACUUUUGUUUUGUUCCUUUUAAAGCACAGAUGGAAUGCUCCCCUAAUAGCGCAUAGCUGGCUCUGUAAAGACAACAUUUAAGAAUUGUAUAUUUAAAAAUAUGAACGUGUAAAAUUUAAGAGAAACACGCCUUUGUUGUCGGGUACAGAAGGAGCCAGGUGUUCAUAUUUCUUGUGUGUAGGGUUUUUUUUUUUUUUUGCGUUCCUGAUGUACCAUUGACGAUUUUUUUCUGUUACAUUUGGAUUUCUUUUUCUUUUUCAAAACUAACUGCAUUGGUUUUGUCUUGUUAAAGUGCAGUACAAAGAUGACCUGCAAAAUCACACCUUAAUUUGAUCUUUUCCAGUUUAAAAUCCUCAGUGUAGCAGCAGUGUACGACAACUAUUCCUGUAUAUUGCCUUUUUGCUGGAAAAUGUAUGUUGAAUAAAAUUUUCUAUAAAAACAAA